AAAGAUCUCAUUGUCUUGAACAUGCAAUGCCAUUCUCCGACGUCCCAGGAUCUCCGCAUUCUGCCAGAUGACCUGUAUGAUGCUCUAUGUUUCCUAUAGCACUGCGGGCUUUGUUGGUGCCUCGGGAAGAUGUCGACAAUCUUCUUUGCAUUUCCAUUGCCUGGCAUUUCAUAUAGCCUCAUUAUCGAGACAGGUUCCUGCUUUGCACUUGCGGUCCCUGACGACAUCACCAUCACCUACGAGAGCGUUGUUGAAGAUGCACGGAAGCCUUUCAAUCAAGCGCUCAAUUAUUCAUACAUGCAUACUGAAAUAACUCUCUUAUGGACAUAUUGUCUGCAAUUUCUGAUUUCCACGUGUAUGCCUGAAGAGCUGGUAGCGCCGCAGGCUAUGCACUUCACCUUGGGUCUUACUGUAUCGCACUAUCUGUUCUCACUUCACUCACCCCACUCACCUCCGAAAUCCACACGCGGUUUGUGGGUAUCUCAACACGAUCAGCAGGGAAAACUUGGCAAAACAAAGUGAUGAAUACUCGUCGCGACGGAGUAUCAGGGCUAUGGCGAUGAUGGAGACGGAUAACGGUGAGCAGUUACAAUACCGAUAGCCGCCUUGGACCUGAUCUAGGUGACUCACAACUAACCGCUUAUGGAGUUGUGUGGAGGAGAAGUCAGGACCUGUUUGUCUAUCUCAUUCAGAGAAUGCAGAAAUUGACCGAUCUCCAAGAAAAUUCACAGGAGUCCACCUUCACGCCCGG